GCAGCACGACACACACGCGUAGCCUGUGAUGUAGGAGGAUGAUGACAGGAGAGAGGAGGGGGAGGGGGAGACAGCGUGCCGAGUUAGAGAGUGAGAGAGAGGAAAAGGGCAGAGGGAGCGUGAGCGCGUGAAAGGGUGAGAUAGGCAGAGAGAGCAGCAUCUCUUGAGCGCAUUCAGCUCGCAGCAGCUCAGGAGGCAGGAAGGCAGAGUAGAGGGGAGGAGAGCACCAGCACCUCACCGAAGGGGGCGACACCACACCUCUCUCUCUCUCUCUCUCUCUCAAACACACACUCUCACACGUCACAGAUUUGUGAGGAGGCGUGAGGCACAGGAGGAGGACCACCACAUACACGCGCGCUGUUUAGCUGGCUUAGCUGUGCUUUGGAGAGCUGUCUCUUGAAGACUGGACCAGAGCUGUAUCCAUCGCUUCAUCCAUCCUUUCUUUCCUUCCUGCUUUCCAUUCCUACAACACAGAAGCAGCUCUUGGCCACCAACCCCCUCGAACAUUUGGACUGAUUUGCUCUCUGUCAUUCAUCUAACCUCUGAUCUCUCUGUAACUAUCUCUGCCUGUCUCUGCUUUUACUCCAUUCACAGCCAGGACAUCAAGAGACACACUUAAAGAAGAACUAACCGACCGACCUUUCGAUCGCAAUCAUGAACUUCCUCCGACGCCGUCUCUCGGACAGCAGCUUCAUGUCCAACCUUCCCAACGGCUACAUGACAGACCUCCAGAGGCCCGACCCGCCUGCUCCUGUUCCUCCCACCGCCUCCUCUCCGUCCCAGCAGGGUGCAGCCCCGGCCAUGGCGCCUGCUCCUGCCCAGUCCCCAACCAAAGCUCCAGCACCAUCCCAGGCGCCAGCCAGCUCCCCCGCAGCUCAGGAGCGUCGUAUGAGCCAGCAGGCUCAGCAGCCUCAACAGGCCCAGUCCUCCUCCUCCUCCGGUGGCUCUUCUGGUUUCUUCAGCUCCUUCAGCUCCAUCACCAAUGCAGUCAAACAGACGGCUGCGUCCGCCGCCGGGUUUGUGGAGCAGUCAGCUCCCUCUCCCUCCCUCUCCAAGAAGUUCAAGAUCCUGUUGAUCAUCGAUGAGCCCCAGCAUGAGUGGGCCAAAGUGUUUCGGGGAAAGAAGGUCCUUGGGGAGUACGACAUCAAAGUGGAGCAGGCUGAGUUCUCAGAGGUCAACCUCGUCUCACAUUCAAAUGGCACCUGUAGUGUGGACAUGCAGGUCAUCAGGGGCGGGACCAAAGUGAUCAGGUCUUUCAGGCCCGACUUCGUCUUGGUGCGCCAGCAUGCCUUCAGCAUGGCCCAGAAUGAGGAUUUUAGGAACUUGAUCAUUGGUCUCCAGUAUGCAGGCAUCCCCUCAGUCAACUCUCUGGACUCCAUCUACAACCUCUGUGACAAACCUUGGGCUUUUUCCCAGCUGAUUAAUAAUCAGAAGAGGCUUGGUUCAGAUAAAUUCCCUCUCAUUGAUCAGACCUUCUACCCCAACUACAGAGACAUGAUUACAACACCAAGUUUCCCAGUAGUGGUGAAGAUCGGACACGCCCACGCUGGAAUGGGAAAAGUUAAAGUGGACAAUGUGAGUGACUUCCAGGACAUUGCAAGUGUUGUGGCCAUCACUCAGACCUACUGCACUACAGAGCCAUUUAUAGACGCCAAAUACGACAUCAGGGUCCAGAAAAUCGGCGCCGACUACAAAGCAUACAUGCGAACAUCCAUCUCUGGUAAUUGGAAGAGCAACACCGGAUCUGCCAUGUUGGAACAAGUAGCCAUGACUGACAAGUAUAAGCUAUGGGUUGAUACUUGUGCAGAGAUCUUCGGGGGACUGGAUAUCUGUGCUGUCAAAGCCAUCUGUGGCAAGGAUGGUAAUGACUACAUUACUGAGGUUGUGGGUUCAUCUAUGCAGUUGAUUGGUGAUCACCAGGCAGAGGACCGUCAGCUCAUCUCAGAUGUGGUGUUGGCUAAGAUGAACCAAGCACUGCUUGCCAGGUCAUCUAGUGCUUCCCGUUCACCUGCUCGCUCCCCUCAAGGCCAGAAGCCAACUACUGUGCAGCCCCAACAGAGUGCUGCCCUUAAGGAAGGACUGGCAGAUCCAAACAGGACCUCAGGCCAGCGCCCUCAACCUCAAGGUGCACCAGUCAAAUCACAGAGUGUAGAGCCAUCACCAGAGUCAGCUAAAAGAGCAUCUGAACCAGUACCAAAGCCCAGCCAGGCCCAGAAACCUGGUCCAGGUCCAGCUCAGAAACCAGCUCAGGCUCAAAAGCCAAGCCCAGUCCAGAGGGCCACCUCAGUCACGAGGCCUCCUGUGCCGAGGCCUCCCCCAAUGACGAGAGCCCCAUCCGUCACAAAGUCAGCUCCAGCCCCAGCCAAAGCUUCACCAUCAUCCCCAGCUAAAGCAGCAGCACCCGCAGCAGCUCCAAGCUCUCCCCCAACCAAAGCAGCAGCAGCAGCAGCAGCAGCAGCAGCAGCAACAGCUCCAGGUUCCCCUCCCACUUCGGCUCCAGCCCCAGCCCCAGCUCCAGCCCCAGCCCCAGCCCCAUCCCCGGCUCCAGCCCCAGCCUCAGCUCCUACCACAGAGCAGCCCAAGCCCCAGCCUCAGGGCUCCCCAUCCCCAGCUCCUGGCAAACCAAAAGAGUUACCCCCCAAACCCACACCACCUGCAAAGCCCAUCCCUCCUGUACGCAGGAAUUCAAGGCCGCAGCUCCAGCCAAAGCCACAGACCCCGCCUCCUCCCAAGGCUUCACCUAAACCCCUGCCCGUUGCCCAAGCCCCAGCACCCACUCUGGCCUCAGAUACUGCCUCAGCCCCUGCCCCAGCACAGGUUCACUCCCCAGCCAAAGGCAUCCAGUCCCCGCCUAAUGUCCAAUCUCCAGCUAAGGUUCAGCCCCAGGCAAAGCCGACCUCUCCUUCCUCAAACCCUGAGCCUGUCCCUGCUGAGGCAGCUGCGGCCCCCGAUGAGGCCCAGGUCCCUGUGGAAGAACAGCCAGCAUCCCAGCAAAAGACCCAUCCUCUGCUGAAUAAAUCCCAGUCUCUGACCAAUGCCUUCAACGCCUUCAGCGACUCCACUUUCUUCCGCGGGGUCUCGAGCUCCGGAGGUGACGGCCAAGAAGAGGCGAAGGCAGAGACCAUUCGCAACCUCCGAAAGUCCUUCGCCAGCCUUUUUUCUGACUAGACACAGCCAAACCGUAGUCAGCCCCUUAUUGAUUCUGGCCCCCCCAUUUUACUAUCGGCCAGUGAUGACUUGAUUGACAUUAAAUGUGAACCAGUCUGAGAUUAAACUUUGUGUGUUAACUGUACUGUAUUCCCUCUGUCCCAGACCCUCUUUUCCUCCCUUUUCAGCUUCUCUGUGUGAGUAACAGUGAGGCCUGCUGGGUAGGAUAUUCAGUGAAUGAUGCUGUGCCAGAGUAAUUGGACUGAAGGAGUUACGUCAUUGAUAUAGAACAGAAUAAACUAGAAGAAUAUAAAAACAAAAUGUUUAUUUUUCCCAGAGCACACUUUAAGGAAGACUUUCUGAAAUAUAUGAAAAGUAUAAAAGUCAAGACUACAGAUGGAAUGUACAUACAGUAUAUAUAUUUAUAUAUACACUAUAUAGAUAUAAACAUAUAUAACUAUAAAUGGAGAUAAGCUAAUAAUAGAAAAAAAAAAUCCAGUAGCACUUUUCAAUUAGCUUUUGUCAGUGACAUAACUCUUUCAUUCAGUGGCUGGAUUCAUACACAUUUUAAAAGAAUAAUUAGAUAUUUGACAUUUGAUGGUUUCCCCCCACAGUGAAUAAAUUUUGGUCAGUAAGUGAAAGUAUGUGAGUAAAAAAAAACAAAAAAAAAAAACCCUACUUCUUUAAUGAUUUGUUUCUGUGUAAAUCCAGCCGUUGUGUCUUUGGUCCUUGGCUACUGACUGCUGGGCUCAUCAUUGCUGCCCCUUUUUUGUCUCCAAGCCUUGAAGUUCAUUGUUGUGUGAGGGAGUUGGAAAUAUGUGUAUGUUCAUCUGUGUUCAAUUGUUAUGCAUGGCUCCUCCAAGUGGCUCGGUGUGACUUUUGGAGCAGAAGGGAGCUCUAUCAGUGUUGAGUUUUCCUCCGUUUGCCUCUCUCUCUCUCUCUCUCUCUCUCUCUCUCUCUCUCUCUCUCUCUCUCUCUCUUUCUUUCUCUCUCCUUCUCUUUAGAUGUUGUAGCCUUAUUGUGAACAUGUUUUCAAUUCACAGCUACUGUACGUUUUGUUAGCUGUGCAGACCUGGGUCGAUUACACCUCGAAAUUCAUUCAUUUACUUCAGCUGUUUGAAUGAGUCAACCACUAAGGGCGAGAUUGAUUUCAACUGUUGUAGUUUUGGGGAGCAUUAACGCUGGGUCUAGAGCACCAGACCGAAUAAAUAAUCCUGAAAAGUAACUGAAUGCAUUUCAAAGAGUACAAAGACUCAUGUCUGUAGCUGUGACUGGUGAUCUCUUGUUUCACCUCUGUGUAGAUCUAUCAACAGUAUUGUAAUUUGUUGAUUAUUCUCAUGAAAAGACGUUGAGACAGUAGUGCAAUAACACCUCGACAUGACUGUUGAGCGCUGUCACUCUAUUAUAAAUAUAAAUAUGAUCAUACAUACAGGACCUGUGUAUCUGUUAAAUACCGUAUUCUUACAUUCCCUUUAAGGUUCCUUUCAGUGACUUCCCAGGUUGCUUUUCACUGCAGUCAGAAGCUGGGUGUCAGAUUAAUACGCCAUAUUAAACUCUUGGUUUUUCUGAUGAAUCCUGUUCGUAUUGUGGGACUGAAUUGAAGGCAACCUGGAAUGAACCCAGUACCUUAACUGGCCCUUUUCAGUUGAGUUGCUGCAUUUCGAGGUCAUAUGAGUAAAAGAAAAAAAAAACAUUUAAGAACCGCUUAUCAACCUGUCUGCUUAUCAACUUCCAGUACUAUGUUGCGAGUAAAUUAUGACAUAUUGUAUUUGUAUGUAUGUAUGUAUGUAUGUAUGUCAUCUCAGGAGUUUAUUUUUUGUAAUAUAUUGAUCAAUUUAUUUAUUUUUUUGAAGCUCCAUAUUUAUGGUACAGUAUAUAUUGUUUGUUUUGUAUUGUGUUUUUAUUUGUAACGCAAUACUGCUUUGCAUGAUCUGAUGUGACUGAUUUUUUUUUUCUGUACAGAUAAAAGUUAAUAAAGAUGUGGUUCCAUCA